CGCCCCGGCGCGCCGUUUCCGUGACGUCACCCGUCUCACGGACAGCUCGAGCGCUCCGUCGGUCGGUCGGUGGGUCGGUCGGUCGCUGGAUCCGUUUAAUAAGCGUUUCUCAGCAACCUGGAUACCUGGAUACGGAAAGAAAGAGAGGGAGAGAGAGAGAAAGAGAGAGAGACAGAGAGACAGAAAAAUCUCCGCGUUUCACCCGGUCAGGUCAGGAACAGAGCGAUCCUCCAGAGUCAGGAGUCCUCGCGACGCGCACGAUGAGUGUUAGCUAGCCAGCUGAACAGAAGACACUUGAGUCCCACCUGCAGUCAUGAAUGGUGGGUUUAAUAUUUGGGCCAUAACCCCAGAAGAGAGAGGGAAGCAUGACAAACAGUUUGACUCCCUUACUCCCACCCUGGGAUACGUGUCAGGAGAUCAAGCACGCAAUUUCUUUCUGCAGUCUGGACUUCCUGCUUCAGUACUGGCUGAGAUCUGGGCAUUAGCUGACAUGGGGAAAGACGGAAGGAUGGAUCGUUUGGAGUUCUCUAUUGCCAUGAAACUGAUUAAGCUGCAGCUCCAGGGUCAUCCCCUCCCUCCAGCUCUGCCAAUCAUUAUGAAGCAGACCCCGGCCCCUGUCAUGACCUCAUCAUCACGCUUUGGUAUGGGCUCAAUGCCAAAUCUGUCCAUCAUGCCAACAAUGCCCUUGCUGACCCCGAUGCCCGUAGGCUCCGUUGUGACCUCCAUGACCUCUCUGACCUCCAUGCCAGCUGUGCAACCUCUGCUGCCGCUGAUCCCUGACCCACUCAACAUGUCGUCCUUACCCAAUGGCACUGCCAUGGUUCUAACACCAGCCCCAGGUUUGAGUAAAUCUCACUCCCUCUUGGACUUGGCUGCUUCCAGCAGCUCAAACUCCUCUUCCACUACUUCUCUGGCAAGCAACUCCCCCAAAACUGGAACGUCCGAUUGGGCGGUGCCUCAGUCGUCCCGCCUCAAAUACCGGCAGCAGUUCAACAUUCUGGACAAACUGAUGACCGGAUACCUGUCAGGUCCGCAGGUUCGAAACGCUCUCGCUGCUUCCAAUCUCACCCAGACCCAGCUUGCCACCAUUUGGACUCUCGCGGAUGUGGACCGUGAUGGUCAGUUGCGUGCAGACGAGUUUAUUUUGGCAAUGCACCUUGUAGACAUGGCCAAAACGGGCCGCCCGUUACCUCUGACCCUACCUGCGGAUCUUAUGCCUCCGUCUUUCAGAACAGGGAAAUCAUGUGACCUACCAAAUGGGUCCAUUCCUCUUCUCAGCACCGAGUUCAUCGAACCAGAGCCUGCACACAAGUGCAAAAACAAUGUGUCAUUUGAGGAUAAACUGCGGGAAAACUUCCAGCGAGGAAGCUUGGAGCUGGAGAAGCGGCGUCAAGCCCUGCAGGAGGAGCAGCGGCGUGAGCAGGAGAGACGGAGAGAGGAGGAGCGAAGGGAGGAAGAGAGGAGGAGGCUGAGAGAGAGGGAGGAGCAGGAGCGGAGAGAAAGAGAGGCGCUGCGUAGACAGAAAGAGGAGGAGCAACGCAUGGAGAGGCAGAGAGAGAUGGAAAGACGGAGGGAGGAGGAGAGGCUGAAGGAGAUGGAGAGACAGGAGGCUGCAGAGCGUCAGAGGCGGGUGGAGUGGGAGAGGACCAAGCUGGUGGAGCUACAGGCUCAGAAUGAAAAAGAGAAAAGAGAUAUCGAGAGACUCACAGCCAGAAAGAGGAGUUUGGAGCUGGAGCUGGAGGCUGUGGGUAACAGGCACAAGCAAAUCUCCAACUGUCUGCGUGAUGCCCAGAGCAAGAGGAGGGUAAAGAGGGCAGAGCUGGAGCUCAUUAAUCAGAAGAGAGACGGAAGCAUUGCUGACAUCAACUCUCUACAGCUGCAGUUUGAGGAUGUUCAAAGACAGCUGAGCAGCCUGGCUCCAGAGAAACAGAGACUGACGGAAAAAUUAAGAGACCUCACGCAGACUAAUGCUAGCUGUGCAGAAGUGAACAAUGUCAAGAGGAAUAAGUGUGAGAAGGAUCUGAGCUGCCGUAAGCUAAAGGAGCAGUUGGACGCUCUGGAGAGAGAGACCACGGCCAAGCUGUCUGAGGUGGAGCGCUAUAACAGGGACAUGAAGUUAGUGGAGGUGGAUGACUGUAUGCUACAGGGGCUUCUCUCUUUGCUGGGCUGUCUAACAAAUCUCUUCCUUCUAAUCAAGGAGCUGAGAGAACGGCAGCAGCAGCAGCAGGCUGUGCUCGAGCAACUCAACCGGGUAAAAUUGGAGAAAGUGAAGGAGCUGCAGCGACGAAGGGAGGAAGAAGAGGAGAAAAGGAUAAGAGAUGAAGAAUUGGCCAGACAAGCAAAGCUGGAGCAGGAACGACUGCAGGAGGAGCAGGAACGACUGCAGGAGGAAGAGGCUGAGCGCCAGAGGAGGCUUGCUCAGGAAAAAGAAGCCAAACUCAGAGAGGAGCAGCAACUCCAGGCCCAGGCCAGACUUCGUGAGCUGCAAGAGAAGGCUGCAAAGCAAGAGAGGGAGGAGAGAGAGGCUGAGGAGAGGAGGAGAGCAGAAGAGAAGGAGAGGGAGGAGAAAAAAAUAACAGAGGAGAAAGAGAAAGAAGAGAAAAGAAAAGCUGAAGAGAAAGACGGCAAGGAAAAUGGGGUUGACGGAAUUAAAGAACAAAAUCUUGUGAGCAGCAUAAGCACUGAUAUUCAGUCGCAACUCUCGACCCUGUUCAACAGUACAUCAAAUACAACAGGUGCAAGUGUACAACCAACAAGUUUCGAUCUUCAGGGCAAAAAGAGAAUGCUGAGCACCUACAGAGCGCUAUAUUCCUUCACUGCCCGCAACUCUGAUGAACUGUCAUUGGAAGCAGAUUGCCUCAUAGAGGUAGACGAGUCCACAGUUAGGGAGCCUGGUUGGCUGUAUGGUACAUACCAAGGCAGCAGUGGUUGGUUUCCCGAGAGUUAUGCUGAGAAAACCUGUAAAAACAACGAGACUUAUUCGACAACAGAUGCUACACAAAAUACAGUGACCUCUGCCAACUACUUCAGGAUCCCUCGUGUGGAUAUAGAAGGACCAACACCCACACACACUCCUGCAGCAACACACACACAACACACACAGGCUUUAGCUCUGUGUGCAUGGACAGCUACGACUGACACUCAGCUCGGCUUCUCUAAGGAUGACAUCAUCACAGUUCUGGAACAACAGGAGAAUUGGUGGUAUGGGGAACUUGGGGAGAACCAAGGCUGGUUCCCCAAAACCCAUGUCACCAUGAUGACUGCCAACAACACACUGACAGAGCCUUUAUAUUCUACUGUUGAUGAGCUGGACCUGUCUGACUCUGUUCUGCUUGAAGAGUAUGUUGCUCUUUACACGUACGAGAGUCCCGAGUCAGGUGACCUGACAUUCCGAGCUGAAGAUGUUGUCUUGGUAAUGGAAAAAGAGGGGGAGUGGUGGAAAGGCUGCAUCGGUGACCAAUCAGGACUCUUUCCUUCCAACUACGUCAAACCCAAAGACACUGACUCUGCCAAAUCUGGUGCUUCUGGGAAAAAGCCAGAGAUUGCACAGGUAACGACAGCCUGUAAGGCCACGAUGGCAGAACAGCUGAAUGUGACUCCGGGGCAGCUGAUCCUCGUUCUUCAUAAGAACUCCUGUGGCUGGUGGUUGGGAGAAUUGCAGGCUCGGGGUAAGAAGCGUCAAAAAGGCUGGUUUCACUCCUCAAAUGUCAGACUGCUGGAGCCCAACAGUGGUAAAAGCACUCCUGCGCCCCAGCCAUUGUGCCAAGUCAUUGCCAUGUACGACUACAAAGCAGCCAAUGGGGACGAGAUGACAUUCCAGAAAGGUCAGCUGAUCAACGUCCUCAACAAGGACGAGUCCGAUUGGUGGAAAGGAGAAAUCAAUGGAGUCACUGGUCUCUUCCCGACCAAUUAUGUCAAGAUGACUACAGAGUCCGACCCCAGCCAGCAAUGGUGUGCAGAUCUUUUGAGCUUAGACUCCAUGAGUUGUGAGGAGAGAAAGAGGCAGGGCUACAUCCAUGAACUCAUCGAGACGGAGCAGACAUAUGUACAGGAUCUGGAGCUGGUGCUUGAGGUGUUCUACAAACCCAUGACUGAGUCAGGACGCUUGACUGAGGCUGAGAUGAGUGUGAUCUUUGUGAAUUGGAGAGAGCUGAUCAUGUGCAACAUCAAACUGCUCAAAGCCCUGCGUGUCCGUAAGAAGACGGCAGGUGAGCGCAUGCCGGUGCAGGUGAUCGGAGACAUCCUGUCCUCUGAGCUUUCACACAUGCAGGCCUACAUCCGCUUCUGCAGCUGCCAACUGAACGCAGCCGCCCUGCUGCAACAGAAAACUGACGCCUCGCCUGAAUUCAAGCUCUUCCUAAAGAAAAUCGCCACUAAUUACAGAUGUAAAGGAAUGCCACUGUCCAGCUUUCUGCUGAAGCCCAUGCAGAGGAUCACACGGUACCCUUUACUCAUCAAAAAUAUUUUGGAAAACACUCCAGUAGGACACGUGGACCAGGUAAACCUUCGGGAAGCGCUGGAGAGGGCGGAGCUUCUGUGCUCCCAGGUUAACGAGGGAGUGAGGGAGAAGGAAAACUCGGACAGACUCGAGUGGCUGCAGAACCAUGUGCAGUGUGAGGGGGUCAUUGAGCAUUUGGUCUUUAACUCUCUGACGAACUGCCUGGGUCCUCGCAAGCUGCUGCACAGUGGGCACGUGUCGAAGGCUAAAAGCAACAAGGAGCUCUGGGCCUUUCUGUUCAGCGACUUCCUGCUCUUCACCUACAUCUCUAAACAGUUCUCCUCAAACACAGACCGACUCUUCAGCCCCAAGUCCAACACCAUCUACAAGAUGUACAAAACGCCUGUGUUUUUGAAUGAAGUGUUGGUGAAAAUGCCGUCUGAUCCGUCCAGCGAAGACCCAAUCUUUCACAUCUCGCACAUUGACCGUGUGUACACACUGAAAGCUGACAGCAUCAAUGAGAGAACGACUUGGGUCCAGCGAAUCAAAGCAGCAUCAGAGCACUUUAUAGAGACAGAGAAGCUGAAAAGAGAGAAGGCUUACCAAGCUCGAUCUCAAAAGACAAGCGGUAUUGGACGUUUGUUAGUAACAGCUCAGGAGGCUGUUGAGUUAAAACCCUGCAAGCCUAAUGGUAAGAGUAACCCGUACUGUGAGCUGUCUAUGGGAGCACAGUGCUACACCUCACGUCCACAGAACGACACCGUCAACCCGAAAUGGAACUUUAGCUGUCAAUUCUUCAUCAAAGACCUGUAUCAGGACGUCCUGUGCAUCACCGUGUUCGAGCGGGAUCAGUUCUCUCCUGACGACUUUCUGGGUCGCACCGAGGUUCCUGUGGCCACCAUUAAAAAAGAUCAGGAAGGCAAAGGUCCGCUGACUCGGCGUCUGCUGCUCCACGAGGUCCCCACCGGAGAGGUCCGAGUUCGCCUCGACCUGCAGCUUUACGAGCAAACACCGCUCCUCUGACCCCCAGCCUCGCAUUUGCAGAAUGAAACCUUAUUUACUAUGAAUAUUUUUUCCUAUGUAGAAAAAGGCCAAUUGUACCUCUAGAGGAACAGAGGAAUGGAGACGAGACAAAAUCCUCUUGUGUCUUUGUGGAACAGGAGAUUCAGACUCUGUAGUUUAGUAAAACGUCUACAGGCCAAAGUUUAUUCAACUCAAGUUCAUCCUCUUACUCAGCAGGAGAUAAAUGCAUGACGAUGUAGAAAAUCUCAUCCUACAGUCCUGCGAGCUAACCUACAUAGCAAGGUUGCUUUUCUUCUUAUUAUUUUAUAGUCAAAGGAUAAGAUAUGGUUUGGAGUGUAGAGAACUCCUUAGCCUUAGCCAAACCAAAUAAAGACAAAUAAAAAAAACAA